AAAACAAACCGAAGGGGAAGCUGAGCGAGUGGCGGCGCGGCUUUAACGUGCCGAGAGGGAGAGGCCGGGCGGGAUGUGGGCGAACGGCGGCAGCGGCGGCGGAACUGUUGUUUAAGGAAUUAGUUGCAGGCGGCGGGGCGGAACCUGCGGAGAGGAGGCGCCGGGAGUCGGUUGAGAAGAAAAUUAAAUCGGAAGCAGAGAGGCGAAACGGAGCGAGCAAGACAGCGAUGGUUGGAUGAGAUAAAGUCCAUCUAGUUUGGCAGAAAUAAAGUUCGUUGGAAGUUGACAGCAAGAAACUGAAAGGAGUCCAUACUACUACUUCUCAUGGAGGCAUAACUCGAUUAGCUGUGAACUUUGCUAUAGAAAACUAUAAGGAAAACAGAAAAUGUCAUCAAACAAGAGCCAAAAUCCUCAUGGGCUUAAGCAGAUAGGCCUGGAUCAGAUUUGGGAUGACCUUCGAGCUGGCAUUCAACAGGUUUACACCCGACAGAGCAUGGCAAAAUCAAGAUACAUGGAACUAUACACUCACGUUUAUAAUUAUUGUACCAGUGUCCACCAGUCAAAUCAAGCACGAGGAGGAGGAACAGCUGCUGCCAAAAAACAGAAGGGCCAAACCCCAGGGGGUGCCCAGUUUGUAGGGCUGGAACUCUACAAACGCCUAAAAGAGUUUCUGAAAAAUUAUUUGACGAAUCUUCUGAAGGAUGGUGAAGAUUUGAUGGAUGAGAGUGUAUUGAAGUUUUAUACCCAGCAAUGGGAAGAUUACAGGUUUUCUAGUAAGGUAUUGAAUGGAAUCUGUGCCUACCUCAAUCGACACUGGGUCCGUCGUGAAUGUGAUGAAGGACGUAAAGGAAUUUAUGAAAUAUAUUCACUUGCUUUGGUGACAUGGCGGGAUUGCUUAUUUAGACCUUUAAAUAAACAGGUUACAAAUGCAGUUUUGAAGCUGAUUGAAAAGGAGAGAAACGGUGAAACCAUCAAUACCAGACUGAUCAGCGGUGUGGUUCAGUCAUAUGUGGAACUUGGACUGAAUGAAGAUGAUGCUUUUGCAAAGGGACCCACGUUAACGGUGUAUAAAGAAUCGUUUGAGUCACAAUUUUUGGCUGACACAGAGAGGUUUUAUACAAGGGAGAGCACUGAAUUUUUGCAACAAAAUCCUGUAACAGAAUAUAUGAAAAAGGCAGAGGCUCGGCUUCUGGAAGAACAACGUCGUGUACAAGUUUAUCUUCAUGAAAGUACACAGGAUGAGCUGGCUCGUAAAUGUGAACAAGUACUUAUUGAAAAACAUUUAGAGAUUUUUCAUACAGAGUUCCAGAACUUAUUAGAUGCUGAUAAAAAUGAAGAUCUUGGUAGGAUGUAUAACCUAGUUUCUCGAAUCCAGGAUGGCCUUGGGGAGCUGAAGAAGCUUCUAGAAACGCACAUUCAUAACCAGGGUUUGGCUGCCAUAGAGAAGUGCGGAGAAGCUGCUCUAAAUGAUCCCAAAAUGUAUGUACAGACUAUUCUUGAUGUUCAUAAGAAGUACAAUGCAUUAGUGAUGUCAGCAUUCAACAAUGAUGCUGGAUUUGUGGCUGCUUUGGAUAAGGCAUGUGGCCGCUUCAUAAAUAAUAAUGCGGUAACAAAAAUGGCUCAGUCUUCAAGUAAAUCUCCAGAACUAUUAGCACGAUAUUGUGAUUCGCUAUUGAAGAAAAGCUCAAAGAAUCCAGAAGAAGCUGAACUUGAGGAUACGCUCAAUCAAGUGAUGGUUGUGUUUAAGUAUAUUGAAGACAAAGAUGUAUUCCAGAAGUUCUAUGCCAAGAUGUUAGCAAAGAGACUUGUUCAUCAGAACAGUGCUAGUGAUGAUGCAGAAGCCAGUAUGAUCUCCAAACUAAAGCAAGCCUGUGGCUUUGAGUAUACCUCUAAACUCCAGCGAAUGUUUCAGGAUAUUGGUGUGAGCAAAGAUCUAAAUGAACAAUUCAAAAAGCAUCUAUCUAAUUCUGAGCCACUUGAUUUGGAUUUCAGUAUUCAGGUUUUGAGCUCCGGUUCUUGGCCCUUUCAGCAGUCAUGCACAUUUGCACUCCCAUCUGAGUUGGAACGCAGUUAUCAGAGAUUCACAGCAUUCUAUGCCAGCCGACACAGUGGGCGGAAAUUGACAUGGCUUUAUCAGUUGUCUAAAGGGGAACUAGUUACGAACUGCUUUAAGAACAGAUAUACUUUACAGGCAUCCACAUUCCAGAUGGCAAUCCUGCUUCAGUAUAACACAGAGGAUGCCUACACUGUUCAGCAACUAACAGACAGCACUCAAAUCAAAAUGGACAUAUUGGUACAAGUUUUACAGAUAUUGCUGAAGUCCAAACUGCUGGUUUUGGAAGAUGAAAGUGCAAAUGUGGAUGAAAUAGAGAUGAAACCUGACACAUUAAUCAAACUGUACCUGGGGUACAAAAAUAAAAAGCUGAGAGUGAACAUUAAUGUGCCGAUGAAGACUGAACAGAAGCAAGAACAAGAGACCACACACAAAAACAUAGAAGAAGAUAGAAAGUUGUUGAUUCAGGCCGCAAUUGUACGAAUAAUGAAGAUGAGAAAAGUUCUGAAACAUCAGCAAUUACUGGCAGAGGUACUGAACCAACUCUCGUCCAGAUUCAAACCCAGGGUUCCAGUUAUUAAGAAAUGCAUCGACAUACUGAUAGAAAAGGAGUAUUUGGAGCGUGUGGAUGGGGAGAAGGACACAUACAGUUAUUUGGCUUAAUAUUAUAAGUGUCCAAAUAAAACUUCAUUCCUAAGACAUGCUGGCUUUGAAUACAGAGAAUGCUAUUAGUUUUGUGAUAAAGAUGGGAAUGUAAAAGAUUGCAUUCUUGAACUCCAUUGCAGCCAGUCUGCUGCCUGCUGGACCUCCAGUAAAAGAGUGGAAACCACCAGCCAGUCACAUUUACUUUACAGGACUGUUCUCAGGAUUGCUACAUUUCAAUAUGUAAAUAUCAAAAGAAACCCCUAACCUUAAUACAGUAAAAUGGUAAAAGAAUUGAAUCUUCUGCAUAGGGGUUGCAUGCUACUGCCUAUCUGCAUUUAAAAACCUUACUUCAGCUAUACAUGGCCACCACUGCUCUGAAUGUAAGGGGCAGCAGGGAAAAACUAAUUUAUGAAUGCAAUGUUGGCAGCACUUUCCAAAAGCAUACUAGUGAAUUUGAACGAGCCCUUUAGAAAAAUGUGUAAUCUGCAUUAUCUGCUAUGAGAAAAACCAUUUGUAUAGUGUGGUUCAUUUUUUAAUGUGUGAUAAAUAAAAUUUAAUGAUUUCUGUAAA